ACGAAGCGGAUGACAGCAAUCAAAAGAUUAGUUUUGACGUAUGGUAUUUUAGGUUGCUUUGCAUUUUGUAAAAAUCGUUUAAAAUCCCGCAUUUUCGAUUUGGAGCGUUGAUUUCUAUCAUGUUAAAGUUUCCAUUGGUGGAAGAGGAGUCCAAACACAGUUUAUGUGCAAAGUUUAUUUUGACCAACAAUUUGGAGGCGGUGGAUGGGGCUGAACUUAUUCCGAUUGAUUGCGGAGGCCGACUGAUAGCCCCAACGAUUUCCGUGAAUGAGUUGGGCAAACAGUUGUUGAAGGCCGCGGCUGAAGGAAACAUCGAAGAAACUAAAUCUCUGCUCAACAAGGGGGCGCUGUUCACAGCGGACUGGCUCGGCACCAGCCCCUUGCAUCUAGCAGCCCGAAACAACCACCUCGAAGUCGUGGAAAUUCUCCUGAAAGCCGGAAUUUCGAGAGAUGCGCGCACUAAAGUCGACAAAACGUCCCUACACAUGGCGGCCGCCGAAGGCCACCUCAAUAUUGUCGAAACUUUACUUGAGUAUGGCUCGGAUCCGGAUUGUAGAGACCUGUUAGGAAUGACACCGUUGCAUUGGGCGGCCCAAAAUGGUCACUCGGAAGUUGUGGCAAUUUUAAUCAAACAUUUCGCACAGACAGACCCUUUGAACAAGUUCGAUUUAACACCGGCUGAUAUCGCCACACAGAUGAAUCGACAGGAUAUUGUCGAGCUUAUUAAUGUUGACGUGAAUGAGCCCUCAAACGCUGCACAACAUCUUACCUUGGAGCUUGUCGAGAACGGCGAAGAGACAGUGGUGACAAGUACGGAGCAGUUGAGUCAGGCGUCGGCUUCAAACUCACCUAUACCUUUAGAAACGAUUUUAAUGGAAGAUACAGAAAGUUCAAUUGAUCCAGAGAGGUUACAUUUAAAUAAAGCGCCAGGUGAACACGAACCCACGACGGAAAACCACGACAGUACUUUCGCAGAGUCCAUCCGUCUGUUACAAGAGCACGGAAUAACGAUGCUCCCCAACGAGGACAACAACAUUCUGACGACGGUGAUGGAAACCGGUCACUCGGUUGUUUUGACAGACGCCGGCAAGCAAGUUUUGAACGCAUUUAAAGAAUCCGAAGAAAAAGCUAACAAUUUGAAUAAAAAAAUUAUAACUGUGACCCCCGAGGAGUUCCUGUCGAUGACGAGUAGUUGUGCAAACAAAUCAAAAAAUAUUCUCAGGCAAAUUAAUGGGAGACUGGUGCCUAGGAAUGUCAAAAGGAUCGUUAUGAAGAAGAAUAAGUUGAUUCCCGUGUCGACUGUAAACAAUGUGUAUAAGAUCGCGAAUUCCAACUGCGUGACGGACAUGGAAACGGUGAUGACGCAGUUGAUAGAAGCUCGGAAAACUAUAGAAGAGUAUAAAGUGAAGUUGUUUAAGAAAGAGCAAGAGGCGGAGCGGUACAAACAGCAAUUGAAAUUGCUUAUGGAUGAUAGCUAGUAGUCGGUUGUCGUUUUAAAUGCCAUAUUCGUUUGUAGUUAAGUGAUUUUUAUACAACGUAUACUUUUAUAAGCAAGUUUACUAUUUUUCUAAUCAGGUGAAACGAAUGUCUUCUCAAAAGUUUGUUGUUGAGUAUUCCCGAGUUAUUUAUUAUGUUUCCGUUUUUAUAAUGUUGUUGAACUGAUGUAAAUACAAAAUUUUGAUACG